AUGAUUAUUCCUCGUAUUCCUGCUGCUGGUGAUACGGUUGAAGUACCUGCUAGGAGAGUACCCAAAUUUUGUUGUGAUUGGAAUGAUAAAGACAAACGCAAAGUGGAGGUGGAUCAAAAAGCCAAAAGGCUUUUGAUCAUGGCACUUCCCAAUGAGAUAUUUCAAUCUCUUAAAGCGUGCAACUCUGCCAAGGAUCUAUGGGAUCAACUGGAAAAUCAGUUGGAAGGAGGGAUAAAGAUGAAGAAAAAUCAUCGUGCUCAAUGCUUGAACGAGUACAACAGUUUCCAGGCGCUUCCCGAUGAGUUUUUAGAACAGACUUAUCACUGGUUCAAUACUCUGAUCAAUAAGUGUCGCAAAUGUGACGUGAUCAAAAGUCAAGAGGAGAACAACAUGCUCUUCUUGAAAAGGUUGAAUGCAGAAUGA